AUGGCAGCCGCACCUCAAUCUUUCUACGAGCUUUACCGCCGUAGCAGCAUCGGCCUUGCGCUGACGGACAUGCUCGAUGAUCUGAUCAGUGAAGAGCGCAUCCACCCGCAGCUUGCGAUGAAGAUUCUGGCCAACUUUGACCAGGCGAUCACUGAGGCUCUCCAGAAGAGCGUCAAGGCACGCCUGACCUUCAAGGGGAGCCUUAGCACCUACCGCUUCUGCGACGAAGUCUGGACCUUCCUCAUCAAGAACGUCCAAUUUAAACUGGAUAAUGGUGGGCAAAUCGUGACGGCAGACAAGGUUAAGAUUGUUAGCUGCAACGCCAAGAAGCCGGGUGAGGGACCUUGA